AUGUUUAGCUGUGGCUUCGAAUAACUGUUGUUCCUUGUACAUCAUAACAACAAACUACCAGAAUUUUGUUUCUGGAAAAUCGAAAUUUUUAUUCUAAAUCCAAUGAAGAAGGAAGAGACAAAGGCUGUUGCAUCAUCACAACAGAUAAUCCAGAAUUUUGUUUUCUCUUAUUUGUACUAUUAAAGUGACUUCAUUUUCAUUUCCUUCUCCACCCCAUUUAAUUUCUUGUAUCUCAUCUGAUAUCCCAUCAUUUUUCCUAUUGGUCUGGUUCUUUUCAAGUCCGGUUAUCUAUUACAAGCCUCUACGUCCAAAGGCCCCUAUUUCGAAAGUGUUUUCAGUCCGUUUACUAAAGAACAUCAGCAUCAAAAUCAAUUGAGAGCGUCGAUUUUUGUUCCUCAAUGGCAAGUGAUGAGCAGAUGAUCAAGAUUGUCGGGGAUCAAUUUUGUGUCCCUUACACAAUGCAGCUGGUUGUGAAGAGAAAAGUAGAGUCAUUUUCCAAUGUACGCUACGAUGUAUUUGAUACUACUGGAAAUUCUCUCCUUCAAGUCGAUGGAGGUGUCUGGAACUCCAAAAAGAAAAGGGUCAUCAAAGAUCCUGCUGGUUUUCCUGUCAUCACUCUACGCAAAAAGGCACUAUCCUGGAAAAAGCAAUGGCAAAUCUAUCAAGGUGAAAGCUCAGAGAAAAACCACUUUUUGUGCAGCGUGCAACGAUCCAAUGCGCUUCAAAUGAAGAACAAUCUUGAUGUUUACUUAACAAGCAGCUACUUGGAAGAUGGCCCUGAUUUUCAUGUGACUGGAAGUUUCACUUCCAUGUCUUUCAAAGUUUGGAAAGGCAAUUCAGUUAUUGCAGAGGUUAUGCAUAAUUUCACAUGGGGAAGCUGCAUGGGCAAAGAAAGUUUCAAGUUAAAAGUGUAUCCAGAGGUGGACUAUGCCUUCAUUCUAGCUUUGACAGUGAUUAUGCAUGAGACAGACAAAGUAUAAUCUUCAAUCUCUCAAGUUUAUUUGUUUCCGCUUCCCGAAGUCUUUAUAAUUUAUCUUUUGCAGUGUAAAUUUGUACUGCAUUGCUUUGAACAUAUAAACAGUUACCCUCCAAAAGGGGAACCAACAGUAAAUGGAAAUGUAUAACUAAUAUUCCUUAAUACUAGUUGCAUUGCCAUUAAGGCAUUAGCUUGAUGGUAAGAAUGAGGUCCUGAAUACUUUUAACCUUCAGGUUUAAAUCUUAUCAUGUUUGGAUUUGUCCAAAUAUAUUUAGAUUUAUUAACUAUAUAUGAAUGUAAUUAUUGAUCUUCUAAAAAUAAAAUGCUAAUUGCAU